AUGAAACGGCCGCCCCUCAGCACGCUCUUGGUGAAUGUCCUACACAAGACACACCCGUUAUUGGCUCUUCUGGAAGUCGGGUACAGACUCGAGAACAUUGAUUGCGACUUCAUUUACGAACACACCAGUAUUGUAUACUGCACGCUUCGCCUCCACACACUCAAUGCGGACCUAUCAACGCAACGCCUGAAGAAAGCUUCAAGCGUUCUGGCGAAUGUGGUUGUUCUAUGUCUCGUCGACUCAGAGGACAGCUUUCAAGCGUUGAUCUCGUUAAAUAGAGUUUGUGCAGCAUCGAAUUGUGUUCUUGUUUGUGUGUACACUUUAAGGGAGGCAAUCAGCUACAUUCACGCGUUGUGUGCUGCAACAGCCAGGAAGGAUACUAGUACUACAAUGAUCAGUGAUGUGUGCUCCAUUCUCUCUUCUAUUCGCGGCAUAAAUAAACUUGAUGUUCAUGCUUUGUGCCAUAAUUACUGUUCAUUUUCUGAUUUGUGCAAAUCGAAUGCGCGGAGCUUAUCUGAUUGCCCUGGUGUCGGCGCAACGAAAGCACAAAUUUUGAGACAAGCUCUCCAGAAGCCCAUUAUGAUCGAUCAUGAUCCCUCACUCAACUCAAGUAGAGAAAAGCCACGACUAUGUACCUGA